AUGGAAAUUCAAAUUAGAUUUUUAAUAUGCUGCAUAUUUUGUACUAUACACAGCAGUUAUGGUCUUCAUCAAAAUUUAAAAUAUUAUGAAACUCUUCAUUCAUCUCAUGUUCAACAUAAAAUUGUGAAGCGAGGUAUCCAGCAUAGUUAUCAUCCUUAUAAUAAAAUCAGUGAAUUAGAAUUUUAUUCUCAUGGACGAUAUUUUCGACUAAUUUUAACACCAAGAAAAGAAGUUAUUCAUUCUAAAUUCAAAGCAUAUGAAGUCAAUGGAGAUGGAAAAGAAAAAACUGUACAUUUAGAUCAUGAGAAUUUUUAUCAUGGACGUGUAUUUGGCGAAAUUGAUUCUCAUGCACAAGUACACAUUGAUAAUGGAAUUCUUACAGCCAGUAUUACGAUUUCUGAUGAAACAUUUCACAUCGAGCCAUCUUGGAGGCACUUGCCUCAUUUAGGGAAUGAAACAAUGAUACUGUAUAAAUCAUCAGAUGUUAAAUUUAGUUGGGAACAUAUUCAAAAUGGGGAAGGACAUACUCAUGGUGCUCCUAAAACAUGUGGAUAUGUUAAGGAAGAAUUAGACAUUCCAAUAAAUGAUCUAGGAGAGACUAAAGUCUCUUCUGAGUAUGAUCUUAUAGAAGACAGACAUUCCAGAACGAAAAGGCAAACAGAGACUUAUGAAUAUACACCAACAAAAACAAGAUGCCCUUUAUUAUUAGUUGCUGAUUAUCGUUUCUACCAAGAAAUGGGUGCUAGCAGUACAAAAACAACAAUUAAUUAUUUGAUAAGCUUAAUUGAUAGAGUGCAUAAAAUUUAUAAUGAUACUUUGUGGAAAGAACGGCAGGAACAAGAUGGAUUUAAAGGGAUGGGUUUUGUUAUUAAGAAAAUAGUGGUUCACAGCGAGCCAACUCGCGUAAGGGGCGGUGAAACACAUUAUAACAUGGUCAGAGAAAAGUGGGAUGUGCGCACAUUACUAGAGGUAUUCAGUCGUGAGUAUAGUCACAAGGAUUUUUGCUUAGCUCAUUUAUUCACUGACUUAAAGUUUGAAGGUGGUAUAUUAGGAUUAGCAUAUGUAGGAUCACCUCGAAGAAAUUCUGUGGGUGGAAUCUGUACACCAGAGUAUUUCAAGAAUGGCUAUACGCUGUACCUGAAUUCUGGACUGAGUUCUAGUAGGAAUCAUUACGGGCAAAGGGUGAUUACGAGGGAAGCUGACUUAGUCACUGCACAUGAAUUUGGGCACAAUUGGGGUUCUGAACAUGAUCCAGAUAUAACAGAAUGUAGUCCAAGUGCUAGUCAAGGAGGCUCUUACUUAAUGUACACAUAUAGUGUCAGUGGAUACGAUGUGAAUAAUAAGCGUUUUUCACCCUGUAGUUUAAGAUCCAUCAGAAAAGUUCUACAAGCUAAAUCGGGUCGUUGUUUCUCCGAACCGGAAGAAUCGUUUUGUGGUAAUCUACGUGUUGAAGGAGACGAGGAAUGCGAUGCAGGAUUACUCGGAACAGAAGAUAACGAUGCUUGCUGCGAUAAAAAUUGCAAACUUCGAAGAAGUCAAGGGGCGGUUUGUAGUGACAAAAAUUCGCCCUGUUGUCAAGGCUGUGCGUUCAUGCCACUAGGUGUAAAAUGCAGGGAUGCACAGUACGCCACUUGUGAACAAGAAUCACGUUGCACAGGAGCGUCCAGUGAAUGUCCUAGAUCUCCACCUAUGAAAGAUGGUACAGGUUGCCUUGAAAGAGGUCAAUGUAGACUUGGAAAAUGUGUGCCAUAUUGUGAGACGCAAGGUCUCCAAAGUUGCAUGUGUGAUACAAUUGGAGAUGCAUGUAAAAGAUGCUGUAGAAUGAGCUUGAAUGAAACAUGUUUCCCCAUAGAUCCACAGGACAUUUUGCCUGAUGGAACUCCUUGUAUUCAAGGCUUUUGCAAUAAGGGUAUUUGUGAGAAAACAAUUCAAGAUGUGGUAGAAAGAUUCUGGGACAUUAUUGAAGACAUAAAUAUUAAUAAGGUCAUGCGGUUUUUGAAAGAUAAUAUAGUAGGGGCUGUCAUUAUUAUCACUGCCAUCGUGUGGAUUCCGACAAGUUGCGUUAUCAGUUAUAUCGACCACAGACGUGUGAAAGAAAGUGAAAAGAAGUGGCGAUGGAAACAUACGGAAGAACUUAUUCAUCCUGACGAACAAAGACAAAUUAUUUACAUAGGUGGACAACGGCAAAGGAUACAACAGGUUACGCAGCAGUCGUAAAUAAUUCAUGUAUAUAUACGUAACCUAAAGUGCUAUAUGUAGUGAAACUUCUAGUCACGAAUAUGUUUAUGUUUUAUAACGUGUACAGUUUUUAUUUUUUGUUUACAAACAAGGCAUUCUUAACUCCCGAAAAUAGUAUUUUUUUAAA